CCGCGUCCGACGCAGGUCUUGCACUCGACUCGACUCCUCUUCGCCUCUCAAGACCCCCCUCACCUGCUUCGGACCCGGUCCACCAUGUCGAAAGGACCGUUCCUCACCGCGGAGGACUGCAAGUCCGCCUUCAACCUCUUCUGCUGCAUCUACGGUAUCGGCACGCUCGGCAUGCCCGGCAACUUCGCGCGCGCCGGACCGACCAUCGCCGUCAUUGCCAUGGCGUUCAUGGCAUUUGCCAACAUCUACUCGUCUAUCACCAUGUCCAAGGUCAUGCUGCUGGCGCCACGGUCCGUCAAGACGUUCGGAGACCUCGGUCAAUGGAGCAUGGGCGCCACCGGCCGCUGGCUGUGCGUCGUCACGCAAAUGGGCUCGUGCCUACUGAUCCCGUGCGUGUUCCUGGUGCUCGGCGGCCAGUUGCUUGACGGCCUCUUUCCCGAGGCCUUCAGCCAGUCCACGUGGACCAUCUUGAUGGCGCUCAUGGUGCUGCCCGUGUGCUUGGUGCCGACGCUCAAGGAAGGAUCGGGCGCCGCGUUCGCCGGCUGCAUGGGCACCAUCAUCGCCGACGUCAUCGGUGUCGCAGUGGUCAUCCACGGCAUGCGCGGCCACCCGGACGUGCCGUUCCCGGAGCUCAAGUUCUCGCAGGUGGCGGGCGUGUUCGGCAACCUGUCGCUCGCGUAUGGCGCCGGCAUCGUGAUCCCGGACCUGCAGCGCCAGCACAGCGACCCGACCCGCAUGCCCCGCGUGGUCGGCGUCACGGUCGCGUUCGUGUCGUGCCUGUUCCUGGUGCUCGCUAGUACGGCGUACUCGGCUGUGGGCUGCCAGAUCUCGGGCAACCUGCUCUUCACGAUCUACCCGGACCACGCGACGGGCAUGACGUCGCUCGGCUUCAAGCCCAACUGGGGCAUCGUGGUGCUGGCCUACCUGUUCAUGCAGCUGCACAUUACCAUCGCCUUCUCGGUGAUCCUGAACCCGGCCUUCUACAUCUCGGAGCGUCUGCUGCUGGGCAUGCACAAGGUGCAGACCCAGGAGCUCGAGAACGGCUUUGUCUACGAGCCGUCUUCGUCGCCGACGCAGGCGCUAGCCAAGCAGUCGGACGCUGGCUUCGCGAACACCAACAACUCGGUCGUGAACGAGAACCGGCGGUCCAAGAUGUCGUACGUGUCGGUGGCUGACUCGGAGCGUGUGCACAAGGACAACGAAGAGGAGGAGGCGGCGGAGUACAAGGGCGCGAACGUGCUCAAGUACGUGGCGCUGCGUAUCGCCAUCGUGGUGGUGCUGGUGAUUCUGGCCAUCGUGUUCAAGGACCACUUCUCGGAGUUCGCGGACUUCGUGGGCGCGUCGUGCAUCACCAUGAACUGUAUCCUGCUGCCGAUUGUGUUCUACCUCAUCAAGGCGUGGGAGCGCGUGCCGGUGUACGAGAAGGCUGCUGCGAUCGUGGUGGUGAUCGUGUGCUUCAUUCUCGGUUGCUACGUGACGUACACGACUGGCAAGGCUCUGUUCUCUCCGACCGAGAGCGACACAGAGUUCCCGUUCUGCGACUCGGAGUUUGAGAACACCAUCUACUACAACUACACGGCCGCCCACGAGGAUUAGACAACUCUUUGUUAGACAUGUUGCAGGUUGGUUACAUUUUCAAUAUAUGUAUUAAUACCUUGUUGAAGUUUU